AUUACUGGGGGAGAUUUAACUACCCAAGGACAAAUGCUGUCGUCUUAAAAACUCCGGAAAAUUAAAUUAACUCCGCACAGGAUAGGAUAUGACAAACAUUAGUUGCAGCCUCUAUGCAAGUUUUUGGCUCUGUGGCUACAAAUACACACACUAGACAAGAAGUUUGGAGUUUAGAAAUCCAAAGUUAAGAGUAAAUCUUGAGUGCUUCGAUGGCAGUGUAAAUCUUUGGAACCUGAAAUACUCUUUAAGUUUGGAGAGUGAGAGGCAAGCAUAGCAAUUAUGGCCCUGCUCUCCUGCAAAUUAUUAGGCGUUGUUGAAGGUGCAGAUAUUUCUAUCAGCACCGCAUUUACAGGCAAGACAUUAGUUGGCGUCUCGCGUCGAGUCUCGUCUGGACAAAAUAAUAAAUGUCUGGCAUGGCGACGGAAGCUCACCUGCCGCGCAGUCAUGGAAUCCGUGCCUGCUUCAAAAUUACAGGCACAACAGAAGACCGCCGGCCAAGACCGUCUCUUAAAGGUGCCAGUUUCUAAUAUCAGGAAUUUCUCUAUAAUUGCUCAUAUUGACCAUGGAAAGUCAACCCUAGCAGAUAAAUUGUUGCAAUUGACUGGAACAGUUGAAACGAGAGAAAUGAAAGAGCAAUUUCUUGAUAACAUGGAUCUUGAGAGAGAGCGGGGUAUCACCAUCAAGCUACAGGCUGCUCGAAUGCGGUAUCUUGGACAAAAUGGUGAACCAUACUGCCUAAAUCUUAUUGACACUCCUGGUCAUGUGGACUUCUCCUACGAGGUUUCUCGAUCACUUGCGGCUUGUGAGGGAGCUCUUCUUGUUGUGGAUGCUUCACAGGGAGUGGAGGCUCAAACUCUUGCGAAUGUUUAUAUGGCUUUGGAAAAUAAUCUAGAAAUUAUUCCAGUUCUUAACAAGAUUGAUUUGCCAGGCGCAGAGCCUGAACGUGUUUCACAAGAAAUUGAAGAGAUUGUAGGUUUGGAUUGCAGUGAGGCAAUUUUUUGCUCAGCUAAGGAAGCUCUAGGAGUACAUGAAAUUCUGGAGGCUAUACUGAAAAAGAUACCUCCGCCUCAGAAUACAGUUGAAAAGCCUUUGAGGGCUCUUAUAUUUGACAGCUACUAUGAUGCAUAUAGAGGAGUGAUUGCAUAUUUUCGUGUUGUUGAUGGAACUGUUAAGAAGGGUGACAAAGUGUUAUUUAUGGCUAGUGAAAAGGAAUAUUUUGUAGAUGAGCUUGGUGUUUUGUCUCCUACUCAAAUGCAAGUUGAUGAAUUAUAUGCUGGUGAGGUAGGUUACAUGGCAGCAUCAAUAAGGACUGUUAUUGAUGCAAGGGUUGGGGAUACAAUUACAAACUCUGUAAAAAGGGCAGAGACUGCUUUGCCUGGAUAUGUGGAAGUAACACCCAUGGUGUUUUCUGGUCUUUUCCCUGUGGAUGCUGACCAGUUUACAGAAUUACGAGAUGCUUUGGAGAAGUUACAACUAAAUGAUGCAUCUUUAAAGUUUGAACCUGAGUCAUCAAGUGCAAUGGGCUUUGGUUUUCGAUGUGGAUUUCUUGGACUUUUGCACAUGGAAAUUGUUCAGGAAAGGCUGGAGCGGGAAUACAACUUGAAUUUAAUAACAACAGCACCAAGUGUGGUCUACAGGGUCAACUGCACAAAUGGGAAAAUGGUGGAAUGCUCCAAUCCGUCUGUGCUGCCAGAGCCUGGAAUAAGAAAGUCAAUUGAAGAACCGUUUGUCAAGAUUGAAAUGUUUACUCCUAAAGAGUAUAUUGGUUCUCUUAUGGAGCUUGCUCAAGAUAGGCGAGGUGAAUUUAAAGAGAUGAAGUACAUGAAUGAAAAUAGAGUUUCGAUUGUGUAUGAAUUACCGCUAGCAGAGAUGGCGGGGGAUUUCUUUGAUCAACUCAAAUCAAGAAGCAAAGGUUAUGCUAGUAUGGAGUAUUCAUUUGUUGAGUACAAAGAAAGUGACCUGAUAAAGCUUGAUAUCCAGAUAAAUGGUGAAACAGUUGAUCCCUUAGCAACAAUUGUUCAUAGGGACAAGGCCUAUAGUAUAGGAAGAGCGUUAACUCAAAAGCUGAAGGAGCUUAUACCUCGUCAGAUGUUUAAAAUUCCAAUACAGGCUUGCAUUGGAACUAAGGUUGUUGCAAGUGAGACAAUUUCUGCUCUAAGAAAGGAUGUUCUAGCGAAGUGUUAUGGUGGUGACAUAAGCAGAAAGAAGAAAUUGCUCAAAAAACAGGCUGCAGGAAAGAAGCGAAUGAAAGCUGUUGGAAAAGUGGAUGUUCCUCAAGAAGCUUUUAUGGCAGUUUUGAAACUAGAGAAAGAAGUCAUAUAAGAACCUCUCAAAGACUUUGUAUCCAUUCAUAAUGGGUUGCGAGACUCUUAUUAUAAAGUUAACAGUUAAUAUUAUGGAAGAAAUUGUAUGAUAAACUGCAAUAUUGAAAAUGUGAAGAGCAUGAAUGGCUAAUUGUUUGCGUUGUUGAGAGAACACCCUUGUUCAUGUGUGAAUUAGUUGGAUUGCUUCAGUUUCCUCCUAAUAUUUUCGUAGAAAAAAUCAGUAAGUUUUCAAGUGGAAUUAUUAUGGCUUGUUUGCAU